AUGGCCAGCGUGCUGAGUGGGGCAAUGGCGGGCGCAACCGAAAUUUUAGGAAAUGUGAGCCGCGUGCGCCGGACACCGCAGCCGCACCACGCUCACCGCUUGAUGGCGGACGAAGAGUUAGACUCGAUGGGGACGUGGAAGCGGUCACACUGGCGCGAGAUGCAGACGAUACUGAGGAAGGAGGGCUCCCAGCGGGACGUAGUCGAGUGCUGUCCCUCAGUGCUCGAGAUGGUCGCCAAGAAAGGCGGCCGAACACCCACCGGACUCUACGUAGAACUAUACGAGGACGGUGAGAAUAAGCAGAGGCUCUACGAGCUCUCCUGCGCCCCGGAGGUUGUCGACAAACCGUGUCGUUUCGUCGACGCCCGUCUCUACAACCAAUCGAGGUGCGUCCAGAAAUAUUCCUAUUCCUACGCUCUCGUCAGGUAUUCAACAGCCACGGAGAUGCCACAGCGGCAACGGCCCGAAGGACAUUUCUCAGUGCCUGGCUCUGGAGGCUGGUCUAUGGACUAUGUUAUAGUGCGCGCGGGUUGUGAGUGUCAAAUAACGCCUCCGAAGCGUAAGACUGGCCAUCGGAAGCGCUUCGAAAGACACCGGCAAAGAAAAAGGAACAGACGGUUAGACGAGGACGACGAUACUUGA